AUUUUCUCUAGAUCUAUCUCCAUCAGCACAAGGAGUCCGUUGCAUAUCGGCUCCUGUGAUUGUCCAUACAGUACCAAAGCUAUCCACAAGGGCAUAAGCGUCAUAUCCUCCAUCACACCAUGGCUACACCACAAACUGACGCCGAAUGGGCGACGCUGAUCUCCAGCAUCCAACAGUCCCUCCCAACGAACUUCCCUUCAUAUGACGUUUCGUCUGAAAUCAAUCGCACCAUAGACCAUACUCAGCUAGCGUUGACAGCGACAGAGCAACAGAUCGAUGAUCUGUGUCAAGAAGCCAUCCAGCACCGAUUCGCGACGGUCUGCGUCCGACUGAACCAUGUGUCUCGAGCAGUCCAGAACCUGCAAGAACACCCGGCUGUCGGCGUAGCCUGUGUUGUUGGGUUUCACGAGGGAACUUAUAAGACAGACGAGAAGACAGCUGAGGCGAAAGAGGCAGUGAGUCUAGGAGCGUCUGAGCUCGACAUGGUCCUUAAUUACCCUCUCCUACAAGCGGGGAAGUACAUGGAUGUCUACACGGACGUGCUAGAAGUGCGCAAAGCAGCCCCGGCACCAGUUGGAUUGAAGGUUAUCUUGGAAACCUCCCAGUUGACCCGCGAGCAGAUCAUAGCGGGUUCGGUGCUGGCGUGUGUAGCUGGAGCAGAUUAUAUCAAGACUAGUACUGGAUUCAACGGACCCGGGGCGAGCCUGGAGAACGUAACUCUUAUGCGAGCGACGGCAAAUCUGGUUGGCAAGGGCACCAAGGUCAAGGCCAGUGGUGGCGUACGUUCGGCAGAGGAUUGUCGCAAGAUGUUGCAAGCAGGAGCGGCGCGUAUUGGGAGCAGUUCCGGAGUGAAGAUCAUGCAGGAGGAGAAGACGGGAGUUGCAAGUAGUGUCAGUAGUAGUGGUUAUUAGACGGAAAAUGUAUCCGAAAUUCUGGUCAGGUUUCUGGGAAUGUCUUUCAUUAAGGAGCGCCUAUACUUGCUAAAGUACUGAAUGCCUCGUCAGGAAGUUGACUUAAAACGUUGGUGGAGACGGUGGAGCUCAACGUCAUCGUCAGGAAGUGUGAUCGGUCAACCAAAAGCCUUCGAACUAAUCCACUGUUUGCUUGUUUGGGCCAUCCCC